UCUGCCGCCGCCGCCGCUGUGAUGCGGAGCCGGUGCUGCGCCGGGCGGUGGAGUCAGAGCCCGGGCGCGGGAGCACGAGCUGCAACAUCAGCACCCGCGGCGGCGGCGGCACCUGCACCAGCUCCCGGGCCCCGCGCUGAGCUCUCCUCUCCGCCGCUCCCGGGGCCGCCGCCCCGAGCUCUCUAUGGAUGUCAAGGCAGCCCCCAACGGGGUGGCCACCAUCGAGGACCGGAUCCUGCGGAUCACCGGCUACUAUGGCUAUUACCCGGGUUACUCGAGUCAGAAAAGUACCUCCAGAUCAUCAGUUACUCGUUGUAAACCAGGAGCCAACUGCCCCAGUUCACACAGUAGCAUCAGUAGACAACUGUCCCCUCUAUCUGUCACCGAAGAUUCUUCUGCUCCUAUUCUUGAACUUCAGAGUCGAGGAGCCUCUGGAGUUUGUGGACAUAGAACCGAGAGGCAGAACAGAUCAGGGGAUGAUGGAACACAGGCUCAUCCUGAGAACAGCAGCCAAGAAAACAGAAUCAAGGCUCGCUGCCUAUCCUGCACGUCCAUGGUUCUGAAGGCUGUCUGGGGACUUUUGAUCAUCUUGUCAGUGUCGUCAUCCUGGGUUGGAACCACGCAGAUUGUAAAAAUCACUUAUAAGAACUUCUACUGUCCAUUUUUCAUGACUUGGUUCUCAACAAACUGGAAUAUUAUGUUUUUCCCAGUCUAUUAUUCCGGUCACCUGGCCACUGCUCAAGAAAAGCAAUCUCCGAUGAAAAAAUUUAGGGAAUGCAGCCGAAUUUUUGGUGAAGAUGGUCUGACAUUGAAGCUCUUUCUUAAAAGAACUGCUCCCUUUUCUAUUCUAUGGACUUUGACUAAUUACCUGUAUUUACUGGCUUUAAAGAAGCUGACGGCCACAGAUGUCUCUGCUCUGUUCUGUUGUAACAAAGCCUUUGUCUUCUUGCUGUCGUGGAUCGUGCUGAAAGACAGGUUCAUGGGAGUGAGGAUAGUUGCCGCAAUAAUGGCGAUCACUGGCAUUGUCAUGAUGGCAUAUGCAGAUAAUUUCCACGCUGAUUCCAUCAUAGGAGUGGCAUUUGCAGUGGGCUCAGCCUCUACAUCUGCACUGUAUAAGGUUUUGUUUAAGAUGUUCCUGGGAAGUGCGAACUUUGGUGAAGCAGCACACUUCGUCUCCACAUUGGGCUUCUUCAAUUUAAUCUUCAUCUCCUUCACCCCAGUCAUCCUGUAUUUCACCAAGGUGGAGCAUUGGUCCUCAUUUGCUGCUCUGCCGUGGGGCUGUCUCUGCGGGAUGGCAGGGCUGUGGCUGGCCUUCAACAUCCUGGUGAACGUCGGUGUGGUGCUGACAUACCCAAUCCUCAUCUCCAUCGGGACAGUGCUCAGUGUUCCUGGCAAUGCAGCUGUAGACCUCCUGAAGCAGGAGGUGAUUUUCAACGUUGUCCGCCUGGCUGCUACCAUCAUCAUCUGCAUUGGGUUUCUGCUGAUGCUGUUGCCUGAGGAGUGGGAUGAAAUUACCCUGAGAUUCAUCAACAGCCUGAAGGAAAAGAAGAGUGAGGAGCAUGUGGAUGACAUCACUGAUCCCAGUGGACACCUGAGAAGCAGAAGCAGAGCCAAUGGGACCGUGUCCAUACCACUGGCUUAAAGAGGGACACAUUUUGAAUGCACGUGUAUGUAUAUUCUGUGAAUAUAAUAACAUUUUCUCACUACCUGUACACUCAAACGACAGUAUUAUCUCUGAAUUUGGAUAAGUCAUAUGUGAAAUAAUGCCAACAAUAAAAGUUUACAUUUAUACGCUUAUCGAGGAACUGGUGUAAAAAAAAUCAUAAUAAAUUUUUUAUUAAAACAUAUUCAUCCCUGUUCUAUUGCUUCUGUUUGUGGGAAGGGGGGUUUCCCCCCUAGUUUGCAAAGUUUCCUGAAAAUAGGAAAUUCUACUAAAUCAUGGGCUUGUCAUUAUCUUUUUCUCACCUGGAACUGAGAUCUUUUCAUCCAGAGAAAAUUGCGUAAAAGGAAAAUACAUGAAAAGGAUACACACUUUAUAUAUGUUUAAGUGCAGUAAGAGCCUUCAAUUUGAAAGUAAUUAAACAGAUAUCAACAGAGCAUCUUCUAUUUCUAAGACCUACACAAGGAACAAUGAAGAUAUGAAGAUAUACAAGACUCCAUCCGUACUUUCAACAUGCUCAGAGUAGUACUGAUCAUAAAAGAGGUUACAAAUAUCUCUAACAUGAGGCAGACAUUUGAAAAUGGUACAAUGCUUCUAGAGAGCAUAUCUCUUACCAGCUAUCACUAAAUCUUUCAUAGCCAAGUUUUUUAAAGAGUUUGUUCACAUUUGCUGUCACUAACAGUUCCAUUCACUGUUUUUUAUUUUCGAUUUUUUGAUUUUCCAGCUGUCUGUCUUUUUUU